AAUAUAAGCCUAUUAGUAUUUAAUAUGUUGUAGCCGCGAUGGGUACAUUUUCCAAUAUUUGAAGAUAAGUUUGGUCUGAUUCCUUCUUCUUUUUUGGUGUCUCCGCCAAAUUUGGAAAAAGAAUACAAGAAGAGAAGGAUGUUUUGUUUAUUUGAUCGAGUAAAGAAGAUAAGCUGAACUGAUCAGAGCAUUAUCAAGUUGGGAUCAUGACAAAGUCACGUGUAUGUUCUCUGUUUUCUUGUGACCAUGCCACAGAUUUUUUUUCUUUCUUCUCUUCCAGAUCUUGAUCGCAUAAAGAUUCGUUUUGGCUUUUGAAGCUUCUACGACUACAAACAAAGGUACAAACUAAACUUUCUCUUGAAAAAAAUCUACAAUAUUUUUGAUAAAAACAAACGAAACACAAACUUUUUUCCAUUUUAUCUUCUAAAACUAUCAAUGAUGGGUUUAUGAUGAUCAUCAUCAUCAUCAUAGUGUUGAAAAAUGUCGGCUUAUGGUCAUCAGAUGGAGAGGGAAUUCUCAGGUCUAUCCAGCCGAGGUGGUUCCGAGUUGGGGAGUCGAUAUACGAUAGAAUCUGGAUGUUACAUGACAUCUUUAGCAGCUUCAAUCUUCAUAGCUUCUCUUGUAACAUUUGGAGUUUUGAUGAUAACACUUGUUAUAGCUUUAGCAACAAUGUUACAGAGCUGUGGAAACCGAGAUAUCAGAAUGAUCGAGGCUCAAAGACUUGAAGAAAGUUUCAGUUACUGCAAAAUCUUGUCUUUACACUCUCAGCUCAAUAGCUUGCAACAAGAAGAUAAUAUCGAAUUACCAUUGUUAUGCAAUGAUGUUGCUUUACGCAGAAUCAAACAAGGAAUUUACUUGAGAGAGUUGAACUUCACUAUCCAGAUGGCUCUCACUUAUUUCCAAACCAUCAAACCUAUGAACGAUAGCCGCGAUCUUGUUGUGUUCGCUAUCGAUGAUACCAAUCUAUUAGAACAAGAUGGUUAUUAUAUGAAGUAUAUCGAAGAAGCAAAGCAUCAGAGAAGCAAACUAACACUGGAACUAUAUUCUAAGCUAAUAGCACAAGGCUAUACAAUGGUUCUGUUAUCAAGAAAACCCGAAAGAGAGCGGAACGCCACAGUCGAACAGUUAAAAUCUAGAGGAUACAGCAAUUGGUCACAUUUGAUCAUGAGGGAAGGUAAAAGACAAAAGGAAGAGUUAGAAAGAGGUCACCGUGUGAUUGGAGUAAUUGGUAAUCAUAUGGAUGUGCUAAGAGGACAGUGGAAUUGGCAAAGCAAGCGUCUGUUUAAACUUCCUAGCCUUACCUAUGAUGAUGUUCUAGCUUACAGUGAAAGAUGAGAUCAUGCAGUUUUAUGUGUAUAGAUUUUCAAGAGUGUUAUGUAAUUUUUUUGUUAUAUGGUUUCAAAGAUGAUGUAGAGACGUAUUGUAAUUUUUCAAUGUCUCAUGUAUACUUCUAGCUU